AUGGCAAGAAUGUUUCUCCUUUUUGGUUUUUUUCUAUCUUUAGUAGUUGCUUUAGAUAAAGCCUCUAGCCCAGUUAAAGAUUUUAUGAAUGGAUUCGAAAUAGGCAUUAACAAAUCUCCAUCCUGCUCUGAGAACUGGAAAGAGUGUGGAACUUAUACCGGCCAGCUUAUGAAGAUACCAAUAUCCGAUUUAAUUUCUUUUUUUAGAAGAGAAAUUCAUUUUUCUGAUGCUCUAGAAGUUAUUGAAGGUUUCCAAACAAGCUUCUCAAGUAUCUGGGGAUGCAUCAGCACAGUUAUUGAUGUAGGAGCAGUUGCUUUCGAUAUCUAUCACUUUACCACUCCAGGCUUCCAGAACGAAAAUACUCUAGAAAUGGUUUCAGAUGUCCUUAAUUUCUCAUGCAGCGUUCAAAAAACAGCUUUCGACUUUGUCUUUAUAAUGAAUACUUGUGGUGCUGGAGCAAAUUUAAGUUUGGAAAAUGUAAUCAGUAAUUAUUACAAUCAUCAAGAUCAAGUCUCAAGCUUAAUUGCUUAUGCUAAAAAUUGUGAAACUAAUUAUCGUCAGUGCGGCAAGUCUGUAGGAGAUUUAAUCCAACUUUUACUCAAAUAA